AUGAGUCACACAGGAGAGAAACCACAUCUGUGCUCUGAGUGUGACAAAAGCUUUACAUGGAAAUCAGGGCUUCUCAUACAUCAGCGGAUUCACACAGGAGAGAAACCAUUUACAUGUUCUGAAUGUAGCAAAUGUUUUUCCCAGAAGUCAUCUCUGGUUGUACAUCAAAGGAGUCACACAGGAGAGAAACUAUUUAAAUGCUCUGAAUGCAGCCUGUGUUUUACUGAGAAACAACAUCUUGUAAGACACCUGAGGAUUCACACAGGAGAGAAACCCUUUACAUGUUCUGAAUGCAGCAAAUAUUUUUCCCGUAAGUCACAAUUAGUUACACAUCAGAGGACUCACACAGGAGAGAAACCAUUUAAAUGCUCUGAGUGCAGCAUGCAUUUUACUGAGAAUCAAGAUCUUGUUAAACAUCAGAGAAUUCACACAGGAGAGAAACCAUUUAAAUGCUCUUAA